AUGACUGAGGCGCAGGGGGCAUCUGCAGCGACACCUGCAGCCCCCCCUGCUGCAGAUGCCGUGCCAGCUACAGAGUUAGCAGCCACAUCCUCUGCAGAUCCAAAGGCUACAACGAGUGUUCGGGAGGAUAAUCAUGGUGUCAAGCAGGGCCUUGCGGGCAGCAGCGCGGAUGCAAGUACAAAUAAGAGCAAGCAGCAGGAAGCAGCAACCACAGGGACCCCCCUCAAGCGGGAGCCUCUGAAUGCUUUAGGCGGCCCUCCAAAGCGUCUACAGACUGAAAUUCGUGCUGCUUCCUUGCGUCCGGCUGCGAGCAACAGAAACAGGAAGGACAGCAGAGAUGGAGGGGAGGACUGCGGCAGCAGCAGGAUUAACAGUAGCAGCAGCAGCAGCAGGAUUAGCGGUAGCAGUAGCAGCAGCAGCAGUAGUAGUAGUAGCAACAGCAACAAAACUACCGGGCCCUCUCAAGUUUACCGGGAGAACAGCAGCGGCGGCAAGGAGGGUGCAAGGGAGCGACAGGGUGAAUCCAGCCACGAAAGGCAUGCCAGCAACAGAGACGGCAACAGAUUCAUGGAAGGCAAUAGCAGGAACCCCAACGCACGAGUCGAUCACAGCCAUCCAGAAACUGCAAAGAGCGGCAGCAACCGUCCAUCACAGCGCGAGGUGUAUUCCAUAGAAGAAGUAGAGAGGAAGCGCAAGGAAGCGGAGGAGCCAAAGAGGAUUGCGUUUGUGUCGAAGAAGGAGCGAGAGGCGCGGCAGCAGCAGCAGCAGCAAGCCGAGGCGGAGCAGCUCAAGCGGAGGGAAAGGGAGAUGCUGAACAAGCGCAGGGAGUUCCUUCAGAGAGAAGAAAUAGAGCGAGAGAGGGAGCGACGGGAGAGACAGAAGAAGCGGGAGAUGGAGCGCGUGAAGGAGGAACAGGACAGAAGGCUGAGGGAAGAGCAGCUGCGGCAGCAGCGAGAGCAGGAAAGGCAACCUCAAAAAAGCAAGGAGGCCAGCGUGCUUGCAGAUCUAAAGUUGCUGAACCUUCCAGAGCAGGAGCUUCGUGCCAAGCAGCAGGCAGGCCUGGGGUUUAAGGUUAAGCGUGAGAAGGAGCUCGAGCAGAUUCGCAUGCACUAUUUGGGCAUGAAGAAGGAAAAGAAAAAGAUCCAAAAACCUUCCGAAAAGUUCAGAAACAUAUUCAACUUUGAAUGGGAUGCAAGCGAAGACACGAUGCGCGGCGACAACAACCCUUUAUACCAGAACAGACUUGAGCCUCAGCUGCUCUUUGGAAGAGGAUUCAGGGCGGGUAUGGAUAUUCGUGAGCAGCGGAAGGCCAACAACUUUUACGAUGAACUUGUCAAGCGACGGCAAGAAUACGAGCUGAAGCAGAGAGAGCGUGGAGCAGAAGAGGCGGCAGCUGCAGCAACAGCUGCAGCAGAGGCUGCAAAGGCAAGCGAGAAGAAGAAAGCCAUGGACUUGGAGGAAGAGCCCGAGCUGGAAGGGCACUGGUCAACGAAGAAGCGCGAAGAGAUGACAGAGCGUGAUUGGCGCAUCUUCAGAGAAGAUUUUGAGAUCUAUUUGAAGGGAGGACGCGUACCGCCGCCUAUCCGCACGUGGGCUGAGGCCGAGUUGCCAUGGGAAUUAAUUGAGGCAGUCAAGCAGGCAAAUUACGAGCGACCCACGCCCAUUCAAAUGCAGGCUAUUCCGAUUGCCCUUGAAAUGAGGGACCUGAUUGGCAUUGCAGAGACAGGAUCAGGAAAGACCGCAGCCUUCGUGCUGCCGAUGCUAACAUACGUCAAGCAGCUACCGUCCCUCACUGAGGAGACCUCGCAGGACGGCCCAUAUGCCCUCAUUCUCGCCCCUUCCAGGGAGCUGGCGCUACAAAUAGAGGAGGAAACACAAAAGUUUGCUUCCUUUUGCAGCUGCCGGUCUGUGGCAGUUGUUGGAGGUCGCAGCGCAGAGAAUCAGGCUUUUCUCCUGAGACAAGGUGUGGAAAUUGUUAUUGGAACUCCUGGUCGUGUCCGGGACUGUCUUGAGCGAGCGUACACGGUCCUUAACCAGUGCAACUAUGUCGUCCUCGAUGAGGCAGACCGCAUGAUUGAUUUGGGAUUUGAGGAGGUUGUCAAUGCAAUUCUCGAUGCAAUCCCAACCACGAAUCUGAAAAGCCAGGAUGAGGCUCUCGCACUCCAACAGGAGUUGCAAGCCAAAGCUGGGCAUCGCCUUUAUCGGCUAACUCAAAUGUUUAGUGCCACGAUGCCUCCUGCACUCGAACGGCUAGCCAGGAAGUAUUUACGUGCUCCUUCGUACAUUUCAAUCGGCGAUCCGGGAGCGGGAAAGCGGGCUAUCGAGCAACGCGUCGAGUUCAUCUCGGAGGCUCGCAAGAAGCAGCGUCUGCAGGAGCUGCUAGAGGAGAGUGAGCCUCCUGUGAUGGUCUUUGUGAACCAAAAGAAAUCAGCGGAUGCACUGGCCAAGGCGCUUAGCAAGCUAGGAUUCAGCACUAUCGCCCUCCAUGGAGGGAAGGCACAAGAAAACCGUGAAGCGGCGCUCAGCUUCUUCAAGGAAGGCUCGUACGACGUGCUGGUUGCAACAGAUGUGGCCGGGCGUGGUAUCGACGUGGAGGGCGUUAGGCUUGUCGUCAACUUCGACAUGCCGAAGGAAAUUGAGCAGUACCUGCAUCGCAUUGGGCGUACGGGGCGCGCUGGUAAGAAGGGUCUUGCAAUCUCCUUCCUAACCGAAGAAGACUCGGGUAUCUACUUUGACUUGGUGAAAGUCAUGCGCAGCGCCAACUGCCAAGUGCCUCUUGAAUUGCAGAACCACCCGGCAAGCAAAGUUAAAGGAGGCAACAAAGACUCAGUGCCUCCGAAGCCAAUGCACUUUUACUAG